UUUUCCUUGCGCCACACAGCUGACAGCUCCCACGGAGGCUGGGCACACGGGAAUAGGGAGGAGGUGCGCACGACCGCCGGCACCGACCAUGCCGGAGCCUGCCCCGGUGAUCAGGCGGAUCCGCAAGGAGCUGAAACAGCUCUGGAUGGACCCGCCGGCGUUCUGCCGGCCCGGCGCGACGCCCGUGACGGACCUGUUUCACUGGGACAGGCCCCCACGACAGCCCCUACGCCGGCGGCACGUUCCCCGUCGACGUCGCCUACCCCAAGGACUACCCCUUCAAGCCCAUCAAGCUCACCUUCAAAACCAAGGUGAGUCGGCACUGGCCUCUAGCUGCAUGCUUCCUCCAAACAAGAUCGCUCGGUCGAUCGGCAUUUGUUUGACUGCUCGUGUUCAUGCCAAACGAUAUCCUGACGUACGCGUCUCUGCACUGCGGGUGUACCAUCCCAACAUCGGCCCGGAGGGGAAGAUGGCGCUGGACAUCUUCGGGAGGGGGUGGUGGCCUAAUCUCACGAUAAGGACAGUCCUCCUGUCCGUCGUCUCCGUCCUCUACGACCCCGUCCGCCACGACGCCGCCCGGCUGUACAAGCGCGAGCGGGGUCUCUAUGAUGAGAAGGCCAGGCGCUGGACCCGCAGGUACGCCUCGGCGCCGGUCGUCUCCUUCUAUCCGGCGGGGAUGGAGCUGUUCGAGGAGCUGCUGGAUGAGGCGGCGAUUAGUGGGGCAGUGGCACGCCGGCGUUCUUGCGGAGCAGGGAAAUGGCGUUUCUUCGGGGGCCGCCUCCUCGGCGCCAUCUAGUACGUGCAUGUGUUCAGUCAUGCUCAUGCAUGCACCGCGAUGAUGCUGGAUAAGACUAGCACAAGUUAAGUUCACCGGAAGAAUGCUUGGACGAUGUCCAUUGAGUAUCUAGUAGUAAUUCGUAAUUUGUAUGGAGUGGGUUGUCUCAAUUACUAGUCAUGUUUGGUGAUCUAUAAUA